AUGGGCGACGAAAGUUUAAGUUUUCCAGACGAUGUUUUGGACCAACAUAUCGUGACUUUGUUCGAACGUUUGGAAGGCCUAAGGCGAUCUCAAACCAAUAAAGAAGCCAGGCCGCUUAUGCAACUGGAAAUCCGUUCGUUGGAAUUUUGGCGUGCCAUUUUCGCUGAAUGCGUUGGUUCUUUCUUUUAUGUGUUUAUCGUGUGCGGGGCGGCAGCGGGCGCGGGACUCGGAGCUUCGACGUCCGCGGUCCUUCUGGCCUCCGCUCUGGCUUCGGGCCUGGCGAUGGGUAUGCUGACCCAUAGUUUGUCACAUAUUUCGG